AUGUACCACAAAGAAUGUGAGGACUUUAAAACACCACCAAAAUGUGACAAAGCGAAAGAUAUGUCGUUAGAAGUCGGAGAAGAAAAUAUUGUUACAAAUAAAUCGAGUAUGAUGGAGAACUCUAUAAGAAGUCAUUUGACAGUAAUUGCAAAAAUGUUGAAUACGAAUUUUUGGGAUCCUAGUAAAGCUAGCGACUUAUGGAAUGAUUAUUAUUAUAUUAUUAUUGGAUUUAUUGCAAUACUUGUUAUAAUGACCUUAGUAUUUUUUGCCUAUUCCUACAAAGAUCCAAAUACUGAAGUUGGUCCAGUAUUAAAAUUCAUUCUUAGUGCUAUCAAUUUUGUCUUGAAUACUCUUUUUACCGCAUAUUAUGCACAAGCAGUAGAAUCCGUUUAUAUACCAAGUUGUGUAAUCCUAAUCGCAUCCUCGGUACUGAAAGAAGCAUUCGGUCUAUACCUAAUCCGCAAAGAACGUAAUAAUAAUAGCUAUUUUUUCAAUUGGUGGAGAAAACACAUUACUAUAGGACGAAUAUUCACGUUGCUAAGUUUCGUGGAUAUAUAUUCACUAGAAAUAUUGUCCUCAAAAAUUGGAGAUAGAGAAAGUUUGAGUGCUCCUUACUCAAAGAGCAUUAAAACUUGGAUCUAUUGGAUUGGAUUUGCUGCAUUAAUAAAAAAAGAUAUUAGUCAAUUUGUUAUUCAGGUGAUAUACUAUAACUCAGUGUUGCAUUAUGAUUUAAUACCAUUGCUUUCGUUAAUCUCUGCAACGGCGGUUGUAUUAUUUAAUGGAAUUUGGAGAAUUUAUCUGAUUAUAAGAUAUUGUUUUAGCAAACUGUAUCGACGUAACAGUGAUAAGGCAGAUGACGAACCUAUCGUCAUCUUUAAUAGUGAAAAUGAUUCAUGA